AUGUCUUUGUAUGUUCCCAUUGCCCGGCGUUGGUUAGUAGAUUCAGAGAAGAACAUGAGUUUCAUGGUCUUCAAUGUAAAGUCUCAGGUUAGUCCAUGUUCUCACAUAGGUGGUCACAAAUACGCUGGGAAUGUUAUCAUCUACCAAUCAAAAGUCCACAGGAAAGUCACAGGACACUGGUACGGGUAUGUGCAACCAGAGGAUGUACCUGUUCUUCUGGAGCAGCACAUCAACAAAGGCGAGAUUGUAGAUAGGUUAUGGAGAUCACUUGAGGUGAGAUGGGUCUAUCAGAAGAACAUCAGAAGAAAACUCAAGAACGACGGUGAAGUGUUGCAGAACCUAAUGGUUGUUGCCAACAAAAUGGGAACAGCUCCUCGUGUUGUCAAGAAGCAACACCAAUGCUGUUGUCUCUGGAGACCUCUGAAGAUAAUCAACUUGAGAGUGAAAACAGCACUGAGAAUCUUACACCGGGAAAAUAAACUGCAGAAAAGACAUUCUUCAGAAUAA